UCUCGCGCGGGCUCCUUAAGCAGCGGCUGCGUGGCUGCCCUUGUAGACUCGCCCCCGACGGCGCUAGACCCGAACGACGUCGGACGUGCCGGAUCUCAUUCACGGAACCAUGUCUAGGAAAGAAGCGGGGGGCAACGCCUCUCCCGGGGUCGUUGCUUCCCAGGAAAGCUCGGCCCAGACCCGGCCACCCGAGACACCAGUGGAGGAACGGACUCGAAGAGGUCGGGGGGCCCGUAGAGGCGGCAAAGGUGGCGGCUGGAGGGACUCCGCCGACUUCCAGCAGCCAGGGGCCGCUGGUCCCCAGGAACCGCCGCUGUGCUUUAGAUUGAAGAAAGACUGGGUCGGCAUCGUGAUCGGUCGUGGUGGGUCAAAAAUAAGAGAUAUUCAAAGUACAACAAACACCAAAAUACAGAUAAUAAAAGGGCAUCUUGAAGCUGAGGUCAAAAUUUUUGGCAGCAAAGCAAUGCAGACAAAAGCUAAAGCAAUGAUAGAUAAUCUUGUUAAAAAACAAGAAAAUUACAGUUCAGCUGCCAGAGUUGAUAUUGUUGCAUUCCAACCUUCUGUUGGAAAAGAUGUAAGGACAGAAGACAGUGUUGUCACAGAAGAUCAGCCUUUGAUUGAUUGGGAUCAAAUUCGAGAAGAAUCUUUGAAAUGGGAAAAAAAAAAGUGGGCAGAUUUGCCUCCGAUUAAGAAAAACUUUUACACUGAAUCAGAAACCACAAGCUUAAUGUCACAGGUGCAAAUAGAUAAUUGGAGGAAGGAAAAUUAUAAUAUAAUGUGCGAUGACUUGAAAGAUGGUGAAAAACGUCCUAUCCCCAAUCCUACAUGUAAAUUUGAAGAUGCCUUUCAGUGUUACCCUGAAAUUAUGGAAAACAUUAAAAAGGCAGGUUUUCAAAAGCCAACACCAAUUCAGUCACAGGCAUGGCCAAUAAUUCUGCAAGGAAUCGAUCUUAUAGGAGUUGCCCAAACUGGAACUGGGAAGACAUUGUCCUACUUAAUGCCUGGAUUUAUUCACUUGGACUCUCAACCCGUAACUGGAGAAAAAAGGAAUGGGCCUGGUAUGCUAGUCCUUACACCCACUCGAGAAUUAGCUCUUCAAGUGGAAGCUGAGUGUUCAAAAUAUAUAUAUAAAGGUCUUAGAAGUGUUUGUAUAUAUGGUGGUGGAGACAGAGGUGGACAAAUACAAGACUUGACAAAGGGUGUAGAUAUCAUUAUUGCAACUCCUGGGAGAUUGAAUGAUCUGCAAAUGAAUAAUUUUGUCAACCUGAAAAGUGUAACCUACUUGGUUUUAGAUGAAGCUGACAAGAUGUUGGAUAUGGGAUUUGAACCCCAGAUAAUGAAGAUUUUAUUAGAUGUGCGCCCAGACAGGCAAACUAUUAUGACAAGUGCAACUUGGCCAUAUGCUGUCCGUCGACUUGCACAAUCAUAUUUGAAAGAACCAAUGAUUGUAUAUGUUGGUACUUUGGAUCUAGUUGCUGUCAGUACCGUGAAACAGAACAUAAUUGUCACCACGGAAGAAGAGAAACGAUCUCAUGUUCAAACUUUCCUAGAGAGCAUGUCUCCCAAAGAUAAAGUUAUAGUAUUUGUCAGCAGAAAAUCUGUUGCUGAUCACUUAUCAAGUGACCUGGUUCUCCGACAUAUAUCAGUAGAGUCUCUGCAUGGCAAUAGAGAACAGUGCGACCGAGAGAGAGCAUUAGAAAAUUUUAAAACAGGUAAAGUGAGAAUACUGAUAGCUACUGACUUAGCAUCUCGAGGUCUCGAUGUCCACGAUGUCACCCACGUCUAUAAUUAUGAUUUUCCACGGAACAUUGAGGAAUAUGUACACAGAAUAGGGCGCACUGGAAGAGCAGGGAGGACUGGAGUAUCAAUUACUCUUGUCACUAGAAAUGAUUGGAGGGUUGCCAAUGAAUUAAUUAGUAUUCUGGAAAGAGCACAUCAGAGUAUCCCAGAGGAUCUUGUGUCUAUGGCUGAGAGAUACAAGGCAAAUAAGCUGAAAAAAGAAAUGGAAAAAAAACUGGGAAGACCCCAAGGAAAGCCCAAAAAGUUUUACGAUUAAGUCUGAGUUGAAAAGUGGCAUCAGACUACUUAUAUGAGAAAUCAAGAUCUUUUAGAAAUACACUGUUUAAGAUAGAUGGAAGUAUUUGGAAGAUGCUAACAGUAUAAAGAAGCUACUGAUUCUUAAAAUAAUAGUGUUUAAAAUGUAGAAUUUGAGGUUUUGUACUUUCUUUAAUAAAAUCAAAAGUAUUUAAACUUGUUGAAAAUUUUUUCUGGGAUAUUAAGGAAUUAGUAGCGUUAAGAUUUUUUCACUUUUUACUGUCUCUUUAUUUAAAAAGUAAUAAAAGUAAAGUUUGUCUCCUGCAUUGUUGCUAUAUCAAGGCCAGCCUUUAAAUGGUUUAAAGCUUAUUCAGAUAUUGUAAUGGUAGUGGAAUAGAUACUGUUAACAAAAUAAAUUAAUAUGUAUGAUAAAAAAUAAGCUGAUCUGCUCUGUAAAGCUGUCUGCAGCCUGUGCAGUGCGGGUUCCAUUCCCGGCUGGCCAGGGAGAAACCCACAUGGCGCGGCAGACCUCUCCUGCCUCACCCACUGCUCCCCUCAACAGUGUCUUUGGUUUGUCUGCCUGUUCUGCUCCCCACUCUGUUUCUGGUAAAUUCUCUCACCUUCCCGUGCCUCUGACUGUACCCCAGUUCUUGUAUAAAUAAAUCUUAAAAAAAA